UUCUGAAAAUUUCUAUGGUGGAUAAUUUUCAUUUGAUAAGCCCUUCAAAUUGAUAUCAGGUUCACCAAAAAAAAAUCCUACUAACAAUAUUGGUCAUUAUACAUCGGAUAUCUGAAGUUGGUCCACAACGAUCUUUUUAAAAGUUAAAAUUGAGAAUUGUUAUCAAUUAACAACAUUAGAUUAAGAUCUGAUCUACUUACAGAAAGUUGAAAAUUUCGUCUGCCAUAUUUUUCUCUCACUAGUACUGCUAUCUUUCUUCUUUUUUUUUUUGGUGAAAGGUACCGUUAAAGAUUACUCCUCCCAUAUUUAUACCCAUAGGGAGGAAGUAAGUAGACGGAAAAGUUAUACAAGAGAAAUGGUAUAUAGUCUUUUAGGGUGUUUGUCAUGGUUACAUUGCUAUUUUUUUUUUAAGUUUGGAUAUGAGGAACAGUAAUUAAUUUGAUGCAUUAAUUAGCUCAUCAUCUGUCGUACUUAAUCUCUUCAAAUGAAAGCGGGCAAUUCUAAAUCAUUUUAAAAAUUCCGCUUUUUCACGAUACACCUGCGCACAAAGGUAGUGUAGCGUGUCCUGACAUGACCUAGUAUUCAAUAAGUGUAAACGUCAUGGCUUUUAUCUGUGUGUGUCACGACCCUUUUAAUAUAUCCAUUUGAAGUUUUUAAAACGUCAAUUGAAUAAUUAGCUGUUAAUCAUACAUAGUUAGAUGAUAAUUUACCUUUCAUCAUAAUCUCUUUUAAUGGAAGCGCGCAAUUCUAAAUAAUUUUUAAAAAUUCCGCUUUAUCACGAUACACCUGCGCAAAGGUAGUGUAGCGUGUCCUGACAUGACCUAGUAUCAGUACAAGCAUUGUUACUUUUAUUUCCGUAUGUAGAUACACAAGACUAUAUAUAUAUAUAUUAAAAAAAAAAAAAAAAAAGAGAGAGAGAGAGAGAGAGAGAAAUGAGAUAUUUAGUACGUUUUACUUUAGAUUCAACUGACACAAUACUGAUGUGUUAUCUUAUCUUCUAUAUUCUUCUAUAUUUUUAAAUUUAAAGAAAGAGAGGGAGAGAGAGAGAGAGAGAGAGAGUACUGCUGUUACACGGUCUAAAUGUAUGAGUGACAUGCAAUUUAUGAAGUUUGAAAUCAUGUAUUCCUCCUGCACUGAUCGAGCCAUCAUAUUAAAUGUCAGUAUAAUUAUCCCAACACACUAGAACUAUUGUUUUUCAUUCCCGCAUUAGCCUUUACCCUAUUAGUUUAUCCCUUACAAUCAGCUGACUGAUGACGGGUGAAAAGUCCGUGCAAAAUUCGCGCCACUCCAAUGAACGGAAAGAUGAAGACGUGUUUUGUGAUGUGUUUAAUUUUUGGCUGGUAUACAAUUGUUUGUGCGCAAAUUAGAUGUCAUAGAUGUCCAAACUACCUUGGAGUUGUAGAUUGUACGCAAACGCGAUGGAACUGUUAUAGUAUUUUUCUUGGUGCGCAAUUUAAAAUUCGCGAAAUUCGAGUCUCCGAGUGCACAGUCAACAUAAAUCUAGUGGGGAACAGAAAGCUACCCUUUCCAGUCGUGCGAAAUAGAGAUGGAGAUACUUGCCCCGAUGUAUUCACACCUAUUAGAGAGUCUAUGGAGACAAGUCCAAGUUGGAGUUCAACAGACUCUACCACAAAACCAGCGAGGGUCCUAAGCAACAAGACUUCCGGUAUGACACGAACAACAAUAUACCAAGUAAGAACAGAGACCACCACGGAAGCAACAGAGGCCACCACGAAAGCAACAGAGACCACCACGAAAGCAACAGAGACCACCACGAAAGCAACAGAGACCACCAUGAAAGCAACAUGGCUGGCGCUCAGCAAGACUCUUGAUGUUAGUGUAGAUGGGACAUCAAUGACAGUGAAUCCCAAACAGCAGACAUCAAUGACAGCGAAUCCCAAACAGCAGACAUCUAUGACAGUGAAUGCCAAACUGCAGAGUGACACAGAGGGGGAGGAAAAAGAUGCAUAUUAUGGAUUCCUAGCUUGGGGAAUCACAGCUACAGUCUUCUUGAAGCUGUCGAUUAUCAUCAUCAUCAAGAUAAGAAUUCAUUAUACCACCAAUCCUCAAUCGCAAGAUGAACCAAUAGAAUCCAACAUCCCUAACCAAGUCCAAUCACCACCUCAGCCAACUGCACCACCCCAGCCAACAACACCACCCCAGCCAACAACACCACCCCAGCCAAAGAUUGUCACACCUGAAACAGCAAGUGGUGAAAAUUUCCACACGCCUCAAUCGUUGAAACCCCUAAUUAGACCGUCUCCUGUUAGUGCCCACACAAGGUCUAAAAUGCAAAAAAAAAAGUUAGUGUUUGAGUCAAAGGUUUAAGCUAUUAGAGUUUGAGUCAAAGGUUUAGGCCAUUAGAGUGAAAAGAAACCACAUGAGAUAUGCAUGAUGACACUGUAGUAACAAGACAUUGAUGUCUUGAAUUUAUAGUUUGUAUGAUAUGUAUGUUUUUUCCCUUACUUUUCUGUGUUUCAUUUGUGGACGAGAGGAAAAAAUGAUAAUUUUUUUCCAAAAUGUUAGAAUUGUUUUUGUGAUUUAUGAUACUGAUUCUUUUUUCAAGAAAGGAAAAGGAACAAUAGAUAGAAUUUUAUACAUUUGAUUUUUUUUUAUUAGUUUUAUGAUAAAAACUGAAAUAACAUUUUAAUCUAUGUAUUAGAAUUAACACGUCAUGUUUUAUUAUGUGUAAUUUUACACUGAUUUUAUACAACCUGUGCAAGGUUACGAGAGAGAGAUUUUUGAAAAUUAUUCUAUGUUUGGUUGAUUGGAAGGUGGAUUUUUUCUUUGCAGACAGGAAGGGAGAUAAUGUAAAUUCCUACUUUAGAAAUACAAUUUAGAAUAGUUGAUUGCAGGUUGUGUGAUUUGUAUUCUCUUUUAUGACUUAUAUUAUGUAUUUUGGAAAAAAAAAAUCAGAAUUUUCCAUAUACACACCCUUUUUUGUUUAUGUGAUGGAGUUUUUUGCACAUGGGUAGUGCAAUUUAUUAUUAUUUUUGUCAUGACUUAUAUUGUUAAUUUUGAGAACAUCACAUUUAUUAUACUGAUUCCUUUUUUUCUUGAGAAGAAAGGAACCAGAAUUUUACACGAGUGAAUUCCUCAGGAGUUUUAAUAUGUUUACUGUUAAUUUUUUGUAUCAAAAUUAACACUUCACAUUGCAUAAUGUGUAACUUUACACGGAUUUUGUGUAUAACUUGUGCUAUUUUAUGAGAGAUGUUUUUUUGAUUAUACAGUUGAUUUUUAGCAUGCAGUUUACAUGUUUGCAAUUGAA